AUGGCAAGGGGGAACGAAGACAUGGUGGUCGGCGGUGGCAAAGGGACAGAGGCCGCCGGUCAGGAGAUCGGGGUUGGUGCCACAGUGGUGGCAGCCGAGGGGGAAGGUGGCGGUCCAGGGGCGGAGCCCAGCGGCGGGGAUGCUACAGUCGGUGCCCCGGUGGUGGCGGCCGCUGGUGACCAGGGAGCUGCGGCCAUCGUCGGUGGUGGUGCAGAGGUGGCAGUAGCAGGGGGUUCCGGUAGCGGGGACGGAGGUUCGGACAGGCCUCUCACCCCUACCGUGGAGGAGUUGCUUGUGGCUUCCGAGCGGGCGAGUGACGGGGGACCAGCUGACCUUGGGGGCGAGGAGGGCGUGGAGCCUCGGGGUGUCUUGGACGUGCUCGGUCUCGACUCCGCGGUCGCCGCGGUGCUGAGGGAUGCUAGCACGCCUGAGGACCGGGCUUCGGCGUCGCUUUUGGGGGCUCUGCUGAGCGGAGCGGGCUCGGAUGCCCAGGAGGUGGUUGUACCGGAGGCGAAAGAGUUAGGAGGGGAUAGGGUGGAUGCCGAAGCGGCUGCUGAGGUGCGGGUUACCGCGGUAGACGAGGCGAAAGCCUACUUGGAGGAGCGGCGAACCUACUUGGCGAGGGAGCAGCCCGAGUUCACUCCGGCUACUUAUGCUCCUUGA